UAAACGCGACCAGAAACUUGAAGAAACUCCAGUAAAAGCACAAACUAAAGCUCUGUUCUUCUCGUAGGCCCAACUCUGGCCUUGUGCCUGUGCUUUUAUGGAAUAAAACCACUGAUCCAGCGAUGUGAAUAUGUGCAGCUCGCCCUUCUUAAAAGUCUUUAUGGCACAUACAACAGGGUCCGAAGUCCAUGAAAGUUUUGCUGAUAAGGGGAGCCAAUAAAAGCAGCAGUGCAGCAGUGUAAACACGUCUACCUCGGCGCAGAGCGGGCCUUGUUCAGUGGAUUUACAUAAGGCUGCCAUCAGCCGGCCCACUCAUUACCAUGUUUUAUAUUCCCCUGCUCUCAGAAAGCAUCAUGGCAAAGUAGCUCCAUCCUCCCCUUCAACAGGGAAGUGAAGCAGUUUCUCGGAGCAGGUGUCAGCAGCCGUAAACUAACCACAGCUCUGGAGCAAAGAGGAACAACUUCGCUCUGAAUUUAUCCUCCCUUUCCCCCCUCUGCUCCAGCGGGCACACAGCAGGCCUAUAUGGUUUUUUAAUGUUCUCUAAAAUGGUAUCGAAGCUGACAUCCCUGCAGCAGGAGCUCCUCAGCGCCCUGCUGGACUCAGGAGUCACCAAAGAUGUCCUGAUCCAGGCCCUGGAUGAUAUGGACCCCAGCCCGCCGGGCUUUGGAGUAAAACUGGAGAACCUGCCCCUGUCGCCGGCUGCGCCCCAGAGCGGAAAGAUGAACGGAGCGGACGCGGACUCCAAGCCCGUCUUCCACACGCUCACCAACGGCCACAGCAAGGGAAAGCUGUCCGGGGACGAGGGCUCCGAGGACGGGGACGACUACGACACCCCGCCGAUACUCAAGGAGCUCCAGUCGCUCAACACGGAGGAGGCCGCCGAGCAAAGGGCGGAGGUGGAGCGCAUGUUGGCAGAGGACCCAUGGCGUGCUGCCCGCAUGAUCAAAGGUUACAUGCAGCAGCACAACAUCCCCCAACGGGAGGUGGUGGACAUCACAGGGCUGAACCAGUCUCACCUCUCCCAGCACCUCAACAAAGGCACGCCCAUGAAAACGCAGAAGCGAGCGGCUCUGUACACCUGGUAUGUCAGGAAACAGCGGGAAAUUCUCCGACAGUUCAACCAGGCGUCGCAUGGUCCCGGUGGCACCAUGUCAGACAAAGGCAACCAGGAUCCGGCCUUUUUCUUUCCGGAGUUCAACCCGUCCGCCCAGGGCAUGGGUCAGCCCGGCGAGGAGGUCGGCAACGAGCCCACCUGUAAGAAAAUGAGACGCAACCGCUUCAAAUGGGGGCCUGCGUCCCAGCAGAUCCUGUACCAGGCGUACGAGCGUCAGAAGAACCCCAGCAAGGAGGAGAGGGAAGCUUUGGUGGAGGAGUGCAACAGGGCUGAGUGUCUUCAGAGAGGCGUCUCCCCCUCCAAAGCUCAGGGCCUCGGCUCUAAUCUGGUCACAGAAGUGCGAGUCUAUAACUGGUUCGCCAACCGGCGCAAAGAGGAAGCCUUCAGGCAGAAGUUGGCCAUGGACGCCAUCACCGCGCCGACCCACGGCAUCAACCCUCUGCUGUCGCACAGCUCCCCGCAUCACCCCCAGACCAGCGCUUCGCCUCCCAGUAAGAUGCCAGUGCGUUACAGCCAAGGUGAAGUCACCUCCUCCUCGGCCAUCAGUCACCACAGUAGCAACGCGAUGGCAACCAGCCAGUCGGUGCUUCAGCAGGUGUCUCCGGCAGGACUGGACCACAGCCACAGUCUGCUGUCACCUGACGCCAAGAUGAUUUCAGGUUCAGGUGGAGGACUUCCUCCAGUCAGCACGCUGACAAACAUCCACAGUUCCCAUCACAGCCAUCAGCAGACACAGAACCUCAUCAUGCCUCUGUCCGGAGUCAUGGCCAUCGCACAGAGUUUAAACACGUCGCAGUCUCAGACGGUGCCGGUGAUCAACAGCGUGGCGGGCAGCCUCGCGGCGCUGCAGCCGGUGCAGUUUUCCCAGCAGCUCCACAGCCCUCACCAGCAGAGCCUGAUGCAGCAGUCGCCCAGCCACAUGAGCCAGCAGCCGUUCAUGGCUACUGUCACGCACUCGCACAUGUAUUCUCACAAGCAGGAGCCCCCGCAAUAUUCCCACCCGUCGCGUUUCCCCUCGGCCAUGGUGGUCACAGACGCCAACAGCAUCAGCACCCUCAGCUCCAUGUCCUCGGGCAAGACGGACGCUCCUGUAAACAAGAUGGUGCAACUUGGGGGUCUCUCCUGGUGUCCCCUUCAAGCCUGGUGAGAGCGUCCACCUGACUUCCUUGGUGCCCGGCAACCAGAGCACAUUUUUCCACCCUCUCGCCGCCGUAACCAUGACAACCCUCGAUAACCCGCAAACGGCGUGCUGGAUGACGAGUCGGUCAACAAACACGUAGGGGUGACGGCAGCGACGGUGGGCGACGCGGGUGGAAACCAGAAACGGGGACGGGGGGGGGGGGGGGGGGGAGAGAAAAAAAGAAAAAGAAAAAAAAAAAGAAAAAACAACAACAACAACCCCCGAGAGCGAGGAGCGAGGAGGCUGGAUUCCCCUCUGUGGCACACACAAAUGAUCAACAAGGAUGUAUGAUUUUAACACAAUCUUUGAAAACAGUAUUCAGUCUUUCAUGCCCCCUCCCUCCCUCCCCAACCCCCCCAGCCCCCCCACACUCUCCCACCUUUUUAUUAUUUGUUUUUAAAAAAAAAACUUUGUACAGUCAUCCUCUGUUGCGACGCUGCAAAGGAACAAAAACCCGAAGCACCAGAAAACGCUCAUGAACUGAACAUGGACCUGAACGAAGGCUCUGGAUGUAAACUGUGAUUUAAGGUGGAGACGCGAAGACGCAGAGACAGAGACAGGGACCUGCCCGGGGCUGAAAGGGGCGUCGCCUUGCACAUGAGCAGACUGUGUGACAAUCACAAUAACCUUUUAUCGAUUUACCGUGCGUGCAUUCGACAUUCUCACUGAGCUUUUUUUUUUUGUUUGUUUGUUGUUGUUGUCGUUUGUUUGUUUUAAAAGGAGUCUUCCAUGUUAUUCUUUCACACUCAGUUUACUGUAGUAGCAUUAGUGCCGGUGAUGGAGGCCUGUUCAUCAUUUCGAGUUGUUCACUGUGUAUACUGUGAUUGUAAUGACAAUCGUUGAAAAGGACUAUGCAAUGCGUCUCUGUAGGUGUAUGCAAUGCUUUGUAUAGCUGGAUUUCUGCACAAAACUCCACACGUUUGAGGCUGGAAAUGAAUAUGCACUAUUAGCCAACAGCUAUUCUACACUGUUGAUAAAGCUGCCUGUAAAAUAACACAAAAAAGCAGAUGGAUGUAUGCGUGACAAAUAUGCCAAAGGAUAGGAGUUUGCAGGAGUGCAGCUGUCUCACAAGCUGCCCUGCCAUAGAUAGAAACCUGGUUUUGCCUUACUUUCGUAGGAGGGGAUAGAACUGAGUCACGCGGCCCUUCCCCUCAAUGGAAACCUCUGACCGUUGUUUGCACACAGGUUCAGGUGAAUUUCAGGAAUGGGACUCACCCUCCCUUUAUCUCCCCUUACUUCCUGCCGCAGUGUGAAAUAGGACAAAUAUUGUUAAUAACUCCUUAAAUCAUAAAUCGCGGCGCACGGAUCCCCCGCGCCCUCCUGGGUAGAGUGAAAAUAUUGACAAGUAUUCAGAAACAAAACAAGACGGCCUUGUUGUGACAAGCGGCGGCUCUAAUCAUAGAGGAAUCCAGAAAGGGCCGGGAAAUGUCGGGCGGAGGAGCAGCCGCUGUGGGAACGGACGCUGACAGUAUUAAGGUGCGUUCGGACAGAAGCUGAAGCGAUAUUUGUACAAAUUUGAAACACGUGGAAAAAUCUUCCCCUUGGAAAAUGCUUCUGUCCGAACACACGUAGUAGCUCAGUAGCUGGACGACGGCGGGACCAAAUUUAGCAUCGAGGAGUUUUCCCUUCACCGCAACUGCACGUGAUUUCGUAGGAGUAAUUUUCCCAUCACAGCCGGCUUUGUGUGGCAGAUCCAGUCUCCUGUUCAAUAUUAGGUCAUUACAUUUUUUGUUAUGAUGAUGUUGUUGGUUUGUGACUGUUAUAGGCAUAUCUACUGCCAUCUGAUCAGAGGGCACUCAUACUUGUGUGACAGGACGUGAUUCUCCCCCCCACCCCUCCUAAUGUAUUAUUUUUGUAUAAAAUUGAAAUCAAUCGUAAAUCAUUAUUUAUACUUUCUGAGAAAAAAAUAUUGGUAUUUCAAGUAAAAGUUCUUUUUUUUUUUCCAAAAUGAAUACAUGGUCGUGGUUAUUUUUAUGCAUUUUGAUAGAAAGAGCUCUUUUUUUUAUAUACUGUAUAUUUCAUAUAUGUAAAUAAUAUGUCUUAAUCUGCAGAAAACACCUUUAAAAUAAAUGUAGUGGAGUAAACCAUA